AUGAAAACAGCCCGCCAAAAAAAGGCAAGAAAACAUUUAAACUUUUUUAUCAACAAUUUCAAUAAAUUUAAUAUACAAGAUCAGUUAUCAAAAUAUAUUCAAUCUGAAAUAAAAUUAUUAACUACACCAUGUAUCAUUUUGGAGACAGAAAAGUUAGCUUCAUUUUCAAAGGCAGUUAGUGCAGCUAUGCAAAUAGUUAAACAGUAUCCUAUACAUAAAUGUGGACAUGCAAAACAUUCAAUUAGUGGUACAAAAUGUUUGCAGUCAAUGGUUGGCAAAAGUAAUUCAUCCAGAUAUAUUGUAGCUACACAAGAUAGAGAACUUCAGGAUAGUUUAAGAAAUAUUCCAGGAGUCCCAAUAAUAUAUUUACAUGGUAAAGCACCAACUUUGGAAGCACCUUCACAAGCUAGCUGUAAAUAUGCUGAAAACGUUCGUAAGGGGUUGGGAAUGACUGAAUGGGAAAAGGAAACUAUGAGAACACUAAAAGAAGCAGCUGGUUUAGCUGAAAAUACAGAAAUUAAAUGUAAAAGAAAGAAGAGAAAGAAAAUGAAAAUAGCAGCACAUGUUAAAGAAGCAUUAGUAACUGAAGUAAUGAAAAAACAACUAGAA